CUUGGUGCAGUAGUGUUGCAGAUCACAAGGCUCAAAUGUUCUACGACACCAGUGACUUCCGCUUCACCAGCAGCUCCCCAAGUGAGAACACCAGAUGUCGCCAGUUUGUGCUGGCUGCAGUGAAUGGCACCAACACGUUCCUGCUAGUGACUCCAAAGGGCUGUCCCACUGGGCUGAGUGCUGGAGGGAGUUGUCUGUGUGCAGAUUCCUGUACCCUGUGUGACAAGUUCCUGGCCUUCUGUCAGUGUCCAUGCUCCUGUGGUGCCCAGGGUUAUGACCAGUGUGCCAACACAUACACACAAGUCCAGUCAGAUAUGGUUUGUCCUGUCCCUCCCAUCAAAGCUCCUAAGCAGACAGUGGCAGAGCCCAGUCUGAAGCUACCUGAGUGUAAACCACAGUGCAGUACCAGAUCAAACAAGACUUCCUGCGAGGCACUUGGCCACUGUACCUGGUGCAACAGAAUGAACUAUCACCAUUUCCCAGUUUGUACUGAAAUAUGUCCUGAUGAGAUGGAAGUGUUUUUCCCCUGUGCUGACUUCACUGCAAUGUCUGACUCUGACAGGAAGGAGCUUUUGGAGAACUUUUUUGGAAAACUCAAAUCAGUCCUUCCUGGAAAUAUCAGCAGUAGCAAUGUCUUCCCACCCCAUAACUUUACCAAGGACACAAUCAAGUUUUACUACCAGGGAGAGGCAUCAGUUAUAUCCAACAAUGAGACAGCGGCCAUCUUGAGGACCCUGUUUUCGUUGCCAUCUCAGUUUCUGGUUGGUCCCAACAGUAAUGCUGCAGCAUACAGGGCAGCGGACCCUCUGGAUUUCACUAAUUUGAAGGUCAUUCUCAAGGUUCCUGGGGUCAACCUGACCCAGCUCCUGCUCCACUCCCUGACACUACGCCAGGACAUCAUCGGUCAGCUGGGGGCACUCGCCACAGUUCUGAUGCCUGAUGUUGCCAUGACAGUGGACAAUGUGUGGAUGGAAGGGGAAACAAUUCCCUUCACAAUUCGUAAAACUGACCUCUCCAGUACGGUGGACCUCCUGGCCGCCUACGAGACACUAAAGGCGCGGGUUGAGGGGGCUGGUCUGAAACUGGACAUACAGGGAACAAAGAGGACAGUGGCCAGUAUAGACAGCGUGGGUAGCUUUUAUGACAUGUGUCCCAAGCCUUGUAGUGAGGGGUAA